AUGCCGCCAUCAAACCAAUUCUCAUCCGGUUUAUCUCUUCACACACAAGCAGCGCACCACCACCUGUCUCCACCAAAGAUAUUGAAGGAGGGUGAAACAAUUCGAAUCACUGUAAAAAACAAACCUGCAAGUGGAGCUGGGAUGCUUUCAUCUGCAGGAUUAUCUGAAAAGAUUAAGCCACUCAACCUUGCUCCUCCACCCGAGAAGGUUAAGUCUAAGCCUCUAGGCCUUGCUCCUCCACCAGUUGCUUCCGGGAAAAUUAGGUCUCCUAUCCCACCUGCACCCAAUGAUCCUGCUGCUGUUCGGAUGACUUCUACAACUCAUCAUAUUGCUGCAAGGAAUUCUACAAAUGCUUUCACAUAUUUCUCUCAGCUCGAGGGCAGUGAUCAAGAUAAGUUGAAGCAGAUGGUGAGUGAAGAGGAUCGAAAUUCUACCAAGAGAGAAGGAGAUGUUGAUGCUGAGUCAGACAAAAGGGAUUUAAAGAAACUAAAGAUGAGGAAAGUGUCAAAGAGAAAAAGAAUGCAACAAAUGAAAAGAUUGUUGCAGACAGAAUCAAUCGAAGGAUUUUCACAACUCAAGAGCAAUGAUCAAGAAAAACUAAAGAAACUUAUGACAGAAAGGGAUCAAUCUUCUAAGAAGACAUCUGAUAAAAUUGAUGAAGACAUUGGAUUGAAGAUAGACUUUUCAGCUAAUGAUGUCAAGGACAAUUACAAGGUAAGAUCAAUCAACAAUUUUUGCUCAAUUUUAUACUAAAAUGUUAAAUUUAUAGUCAACUUCUAUUACUUUUAUGCAUCUGUAAAGGAUGCUAUGCUAUUACAGAAAAGGU